UGACGGCCGUUUCGGAUAUUGACGCCAACGUACACGCAUCAAGAUGGCGCAGUCGACCCGAAUGGCGGCGGCGCUCACGUCGUUCAAGGCCUCCGUCCUCGCCGAGUUUUCGCUCGAGCGCAUGGAAGCCACGGGGCUUGUGCCAUUGGGCAACCUUGAUGACAUGCUCACGCGGUACCUCGCGGCGCGCCCGACCGAGGCCGAGUCGCUCAAGAUGAUUCGAGACAGCAUGCGCUGGCGCGAAGACAACAACAUUGGGCGCCUCUCCAAGCAAUUCAUGGUGCCCAAGGCCAAGACCGACGUCAUUCGCCGCUACCUCCCGCAAGGCUGCCACGGCGUCGAUAAAGAAGGCAACGUGCUCCUCAUCGAGGACAUUGGGAACCUCGACACGGACGCGAUGGCCAAAACGUGCAAGUUCGAAGACGUCCUCAACGCGCACGUUCAAAAGUGCGAGUUUCAAAUGCACUACACCUUCCCGAAAGCGGCCCAGCGCGUCGGGAAGACCAUGGUCAAGUCCACGGUCAUCUACGACCUGGCGGGCAUUGGCAUGCACACGUUCAAAAAAGUAGUGUAUCAAUUUAUCAAGGAGGUGGCCGUCAUCAACCAAGAUCACUACCCCGAGACGCUCAACCACGUCUUCAUCGUGAACGCACCGCUCUUCUUUUACGGCACGUGGAAGCUCAUCGAGGUCUUCCUCAACGAAAAUUCGCGCAAGAAGAUUUCGAUUUUGGGCAAAAACUUCAAGCCGACGCUGCUCACGCACAUUGACGCCGACCAGCUGCCCAAGUCGCUUGGCGGCACGUGCGAGUGCUUUCCCGGCCAGCCCGUCGGCGGCUGCAUCUCGUCGAGUACGUUCACAGGCACGCACUUCUGGAACGAAAUGGACAGCACGUUGCGCCCGUGCGACGAUGCGAUGCCGCCAGCCUAAAGCGCUCUUUGCGUCCUAGACAUAGCGAUUCUAACCUUGCUAAAUGUUAUCCAACAGCCGGUCGAUCGGAAAGAACGACUCUUUUGUCCGACCUACCGAACGGUCGAGGGGCGGACGU